AUGCAAUUCUCUACCAUCUUCCUCGCCGCUGUUGCAUGCGCCACUGGCGCUGUCGCCAACCUGCACACCCAGGCCUGGUGCAUCACCAACGGCCUUCAGGACAACGACCCCAAGAACUCCGAUGCCACUCAAGCUGCCUGCGGGGCUUACAAGGGUCGCCACACCGGCAACGAGCAGUGGGACUCUUGCCCGGAUUGCGAGGUCGGCCUCAAGGACAAGGACGUCCAGGUCUGCAACUCUCCCGCCAGCCACAUUGGCGGUGAUGAGUGGGAGGAGUACUGCAUCCAGUUCGGUGCCGAGAAGGGCAAGGCCAACUAG